GCUAUCAACCUUGACGGCCAUCCUCUGUUUGAUGACCUUCCUAUGUCCGGCAUCUUCGUUCGGCCAGAGUACCGAAAAUGCUGUAUAUAUAUCAAUGCGUGGCUGCAAGGAGGAGGCCUUCAAGUCCUCUUUGAAGAUGUAGAAGAAGAGGUGGAAUACAAGAUGGGUGGGCAGGUCCUGGCUACGGGAGAUUAACGAGUAGUCCACCUAGAUCCGCCCAGAAAUGCGAUGGCCACCUAUGAAACGAGUUUUGCAGAAGGAUUGGCUAACAGUGCCUUUGUCAUUACCGGGCAUCCAGGGAUAGGCAAAACAUUAUUCAUUUAUUAUUUAUUGAUUCUGCGGCUCCUCGACGGUCUUCCGACUGCCCUUCAAAUCGGUUAUACAAAUAGCUUUAUAUUCUUUGAUGCAUCUGGUGUCUAUAUCAUCAUGCAUCAUCUCUCGACAAGUUCUCUACAGAGAUAUAUCCCUAAAGGCACGUGGGCUUUAGUUGAUGAUGUUGUGUCUCUCCCCGGUGAAGAAGAAAACAUAUUCUCCCUAUAUGGCAGCCCUUUCUUUGUUGUGCAUGCAUGCUCGGCUCAACCUCGUUACUUUGACUAUGCGAAGAAGAAGAGAGCGAGCAGUACAUAUUAUAUGCUUCCUUUCUCAUGGAGGGAAAUAAUAUUAUGCCGACAAUUGUUGCGGCAACCAGUGGUACCGACUGAGAAUACCAUUUCUCGGUGGUAUGAUGACUUCGGCCCUUCAGCCCAGGCUUGUUAUAGUCAGAGUCAAAACCCCGACUCGUUUCUCACACAUCGCAUUGAAAUCACUUCAAUGGUAGGACAAUUUGAUUGGGACAGUACGGUGGCUUGUCUCCAAAAUUACACCACCCAUUACCCUUCGUCAAAAUAUCUUUACGAGUCAGAUUCCCAACAACUUUUCCUUCUUAUCCCUCACUACCGGCAUCCAUUCACCCCUGCUAUGGUCUUCAUCUCUGGGUACAUCUUAAACUUGUUCUGCGCUCAUCACAAGUAUCAGUUCGAGCAGGAUCGCCAGACAAUAUUCAUGCUGAUAUAUCAGCAUCCACAUUCCCGGGGGUAUCUUAGCCACAUGUUUGAGAAUGAAGCGAAGCUACUUCUCCAAAAAUGCGUGCCAUGCAAGGUCUAUCCCAUGGAAGCAGGCCAUGUAGGGGCUGAAAAUUGCACCUUCGAAGCAUCAGAAGCCAUCCGACGCACUGUUGUACCGUUUUCUAUCCUUCUGUCAACACCCAUCAUCUAUUUUUACAAGACUCUGGAAGACAUCUCCCUUGAUCGUCUUGGCUGGUACCUACCCGAAAACAGCGACGGAUCUACCUUGGAUUCAUUUAUUGUCAGCAAGGAUGUGGAUGGCUCUACUGUUCUGUCAUACCAACAGUCAACUGUCGGAGUAAGGCAUGGUGUUCACACCGAGACCCUGAAGAAAGCCAUCACUUGGCUGGGUACAGGGAUGAUCUCCAAAUUCCGUUACAUCGCUAUUGUUCCUAGAAUCAAGAAUCAAAGGACGGUUUUCUGUUUUCCACCUGAAGUGCUUCAACAUGUUGAUGUGACUAUGGGGGUCAUUUUCAUAGACCCGCAGGAGAUGAGUUGAAUGGAGCAGGGUCUGCCACGUCGGCACAACAGAUCCUUCUUGGUAAUCAAAACUCGACGUCGGUACUAAUGGAGUGAGGGCCAAUGCAUUCACGCAGCGGAUUCAAGUCCUAUAUUAUCAUCACCUCUUUUCUGCUCA